ACGUACACGACACGGCACCCAUAUUUUCUUCUUUCACGGUUCGUCACUCGUUAGAAGACUACUCUCGCCAUGUUCUCGUUUGGAGUCCGCUCUAUGCAAACAAGCCUAGCUAACCACAACGCCAUGGCUGCAGCGAGCUUUCUCUUCCUCUUGGUAAUCAUUCUACCUACAACCUCUUCCGUCGACAGCGCGAGCGAAACGUCCAAUGGGAGCUGCAUCCCAGUGGAUAGAGGCGCGCUGCUCUCUUUCAAGGCUGGCAUCACCAGCGACCCAGAUGAUAGCCUCAUCUCAUGGCGGGAAGGACACGAUUGUUGCCGUUGGAGCGGCGUCACCUGCAGCAGAAGGACAGGCCACAUCGUCAAGCUGGACGUCCGCAACCGUUAUCCAGCAGAGUAUGAUAUGUAUGGUUACGUGGACUCGGACUCCUACAGCCACUCGCUGCGUGGACAGGUAUCUUCGUCGUUGCUUUCUCUCCGGCAUAGUCUCAGGCAUCUAGACCUGAGCGGAAAUUAUCUUCUAGGAGAUGCAAUGGCGAUGCCGGGGUUUCUGGGCUCUCUCCAGAGCUUGACAUAUCUCAACCUCUCCAACAUGGGUUUUCAUGGUAGCAUACCUCCUCAGCUAGGCAACCUCUCCAAAUUGGUACACCUUGACAUAGGCAAUGAGUACGACCACACUACCAUGUACUCAAAGGAUAUAUAUUGGUUGCGGCGUCUCCACUCGCUAGAGCAUCUUAACAUGGCCACAAUUAACCUCAGCAGAGUCGUUGACUUGGUCCAUACAGUCAACGCUCUUCCCAAUUUGGCUCUAUUGGUUCUCCCAUCAUGUGGCCUUAAUAUGAGUAAUGCUCCAUCCUCACUUCCACACAACAACCUUACAGUUCUUGAGGAUCUUGACCUCUCUGGUAACCCUUUCAACAAUCUAGCUGCACCCAACUGGUUCUGGGAUGUAACUAGCCUCAAGAGCCUAAAAUUACAUGGUUGUGGAUUAUCAGGCACGUUUCCGAACGAGUUGGGAAACUUGACCAUGUUAGGGACCUUUGACAUUUCAUAUAACAGCAUCAAGGGAAUGAUACCGAGGACACUGCAAAAGUUGUGUAAUUUGAGAUCUCUACGUCUUGACGGCAAUAAUAUCGGUGGGGACAUAACAGAGGUGGUACAUAGAAUACCCAGCUGUUCCUUGAAGAAUUUGCAACAAUUGAGUUUGAGGAUUACCAGCAUCACUGGCACGACAUUACAAUAUCUGUCGAACCUAACUAGCUUUUUUUUUUUGCGACCAAAACCUAACUAG